AUGCUGGCUCUGAGACGCUUGUUCACCACCGCCUCAAGAAGAGCUUUCACAACUCCCUCCAAGACGGCCGCACCCUACUACACUGCGAAAAUGAGCACCGCUGCCGCCCCCGACGUUGCCACUCUCUCCAGCCAGCUGGAAAAGCUCGGAAUUGACAAGUUCGAGCCCUUCCCCGGGUCCAGCCCCGCUCUCAACACCAUGGAUGUGUUCCGAUCCUACAUCACCAAGGAGCUCGCCGCUCUGUCCAAGGUGGAUCCCGAGCUCAUCUACCCCGCUCUUGAGUGGACUUCCACCUCCGACAAGGGCGAUCUGGUGAUCCCGUUGCCCCGGCUCCGAAUGAAGGGCGUCAACCCUCAGGAACUGGCUGUGGAGUGGGCCUCCAAGUUUCCCAAGGGCGAGUACCUCAAGGAGGUCAAGGCCAUGGGCCCCUUCAUGCAGUUCUUCUUCUCGCCCAAGCUGCUGUACAACAUUGUCAUCAAGGACAUUCUGGAGCGAAAGCUCGAAUACGGCUCGUCCGACGUGGGCAAGGGCAAGAAGGUGGUGAUUGAGUUCUCGUCGCCCAACAUCGCCAAGCCCUUCCACGCCGGCCAUCUGCGAUCCACAAUCAUCGGCGGCUUCCUCUCCAACCUGCACGAGAAGCUCGGAUGGGAGGUCAUCCGACUCAACUACCUCGGAGACUGGGGCAAGCAGUUUGGUGUGCUGGCUGUGGGCUUUGAGCGAUACGGCUCCGAGGAGCAGCUCGUGACCGACCCCAUCCAGCACCUGUUUGAGGUCUACGUGCGAAUCAACAAGGACAUGGAGGCCGAGAAGGAGGCUUCCAAGGAGGCCACCGGAGAAGAGUCCUCGGCCACCGACGACAAGGCCCGAGAGUACUUCCGAAAGAUGGAGGACGGCGACAAGGAGGCGCUAGCUCUGUGGUCGCGGUUCCGGGACCUGUCCAUUGAGCGAUACAAGGACACCUAUGCUCGUCUCAACAUCCACUACGACUCGUACUCUGGCGAGUCCCAGGUGCCCGAGGAGUUCAUGAAGAUGGCCAAGGACCUGUUUGUGGAGAAGGGCCUGGUCCAUGAGGACCGAGGCGCCAAGCUCAUCGAUCUUACCAAGUUCAACAAGAAGCUGGGCAAGGUCAUUGUCGAGAAGAAGGACGGCACCUCUCUGUACAUUACUCGAGACGUUGGAGGAGCCAUUGCCCGAAUGGAAAAGUACAAGUUUGACAAGAUGAUCUACGUGAUUGCGUCGCAGCAGGAUCUGCACUGCCAGCAGUUUUUCCGAAUUCUCAAGGAGUGCGGCUUUGACUGGGUGGACCGACUACAGCACGUCAACUUUGGUCUGGUCCAGGGCAUGUCCACCCGAAAGGGCACCGUGGUCUUCCUGUCCAACAUUCUCGAGGAGGUCAAGGAGUCGAUGCAUAACGUCAUGAAGAAGAACGAGGUCAAGUACAACCAAGUGGAGAACCCCGAGGAGAUUGCCGAUCUGGUGGGCAUCUCGUCUGUCAUGAUCCAGGACAUGUCCGCCAAGCGAGUCAACAACUACAAGUUUGACUGGGACCGAAUGCUCUCGUUCGAGGGCGACACCGGCCCUUACCUGCAGUACGCCCACUCUCGACUGCGAUCUGUGGAGCGAAAGUCCGGCAUGACCAUUGACGAGAACCUGGCUUCUGCCGACUUCUCGCUGCUCACUGAGCCCAUCGCUGACGAGCUCAUCCGAACCCUCACCCAGUUCCCCGACGUUGUUCUCAACGCCGGCAAGACCCAGGAGCCCGCCACCAUUGUCACCUACCUGUUCAAGCUCACCCACCAGGUCUCGUCCUGCUACGACGUUCUCUGGGUCGCUGGCCAGGAGGAGGCUCUGGCCAAGGCCCGUCUGUCUCUCUACUCGUCCGCUCGACAGGUUCUCUACAACGGUAUGGUCCUUCUUGGUCUUACUCCCGUCGAUCGAAUGUAA